AUGGCAGCAGCUCGUGAAGGUGUGGAAGAAAACAGUCCCCUUAUGUACCACAUAUCACUGGUUAAUCUUCUUGCUGCAUGUGCUGAGGGCAAGAAUGUUUACACCGAGAUUAAGUGCACGUCUCUGUUGCCUCUGGAGGAUGUAGUGCGAGUGGUGACCCAUGAGGACUGUAUCACAGAGGUGAAAAUAUCUUAUGUAAACUUUGUGAACCAUUGUUAUGUGGAUACAGAGGUAGAAAUGAAGGAAAUCUAUACCACCAAUCACAUAUGGACCCUGUUUGAGAAUUUCAUCCUGGAUAUGGCUCGAGUAUGUAACAAGCGUGAGAAGCGUCUUCCUGAUGCCACCUUAGAGAAAUAUGUUCUUACUGUGGUCUUGGAGACAAUAAGGUCCUUCUUUAACUCUCCAUUUUCAGAAAACAGCACUUCACUGCAGACUCAUCAAACUAUAGUUGUCCAACUACUCCAGUCCACUACUCGACUUCUUGACUGUCCUUGGCUUCAGCAGCAGUAUAAGGGCUCGGUAGAAGCAUGUAUACGGGCCCUGGCCAUGGUUGCCAAAAGUCGGAGCAUAGCUCUACCUAUGGAUUUAGAUUCUCAUGUAAGUUCUAUGCUGAACAGCUCCUCUAGUUCACUGGUGAGAACCCAACCCACAUACAAGCAAUCUACAACCACAAGAACCUUCACUCGAGCCAGUGCCACUCAGAAUCAGUGGGACUACAAAAAUAUUGUGGAGAAAUUACAGGAUAUUAUAAACACAUUGGAGGAAAAGUUAAAGCCGCUUGUAGAAGCUGAGCAGUCUGUGCUUGUAGAUGUGCUUCAUCAUCCUGAACUACUUUUUGCAGAAGGAACUGAUGCUCGUGUACGAUGUGAGACUGGGGGCUUCAUUUCUAAAUUGAUUCAGCACACCAAAAAUCUUAUGUCCUCUGAAGAAAAACUGUGUAUAAAAGUUUUACGGACUUUACAGCAAAUGCUGAUGAAGAAAAAUGAUUAUGAAGAACGGGGAAAUUUACUAAGGAAAACCCUUCUGAGUAAUUACCUGCAAAACAAGAAGUCAAAUACUAAAGGCGAGACAGCUGACAGCUCUGCCAUCGGUCAGGAUCACGACUGGUCUCUAAUAGCACCGAUUCAGUGUAAAUUAGAUCGAGAAGGAGCCACCAAACUUGUGGCUGAUUUAAUUAUGAGCUCAAAGAACGAUAAGAUCUUUCAAGAAAGCAUUUUAUUGGCCAUUAGGUUACUUGAUGGAGGCAACACAGAAAUACAGAAUUCAUUUUACAAUUUAUUAAAGGCUGACAAUAAAUCAGAAAAGUUCUUCAAGGUUUUUAAUGAAAGAAUAAAAAGUGCUCAGCAAGAAAUAAAAUCCACUAUGUCUGUAAACAUGAAUGAUUUAGGGGCUGGAGAUGCACAGGAAUCUGCUUCGAACCUCCCCUCAAAAGCUGUAACAGGAGUGCCCCACCAUAAAGGGCAUGAAGGAGGGGAGAUUGGUGAAAGAAAUGAAGUCGGCCCAGUUGUCUUAAUCAUGGAGCCCAUUCUCAGAUUUCUUCAGUUGCUGUGUGAAAACCACAACCCAGAUCUGCAGAAUUACUUGCGGAAUCAAAAUAAUAAGACCAAUUAUAACCUGGUAUGUGAGACACUGCAGUUCUUGGAUAUUAUGUGUGGGAGCACUACAGGAGGACUUGGCCUUUUGGGUCUCUACAUCAAUGAAAAAAAUGUGGCUCUCAUUAUUCAGACUUUGGAAACCCUCACAGAAUAUUGCCAAGGACCAUGUCACGAGAAUCAGUCCUGCAUCGUGACACACGACUCCAACGGUAUUGAUAUUAUAACAGCCUUAAUACUAAAUGACAUCAGCCCUUUGUGCAGGUAUAGGAUGGAUCUUGUUUUACAACUAAAGGACAAUGCCUCAAAGCUGCUAUUAGCUCUUAUGGAAAGUCGUCAUGACAGCGAGAAUGCAGAAAGAAUACUUUUAAGUCUAAGACCCCAGGAACUGGUGGAUGUCAUCAAGAAAGCUUAUCUACAGGAAGAUGAAGGGGACAGUUCCGAUGUGUCACCCAUGGAAGUUGGACAUAAUAUUUACAUCCUUGCUUUGCAGCUGGCACGACAUAACAGACAUCUUCAACAACUUUUGAAGCCGGUUCGAAGGAUUCAAGAAGAAGAAGAGAGCAUCUCUACUAUGUUAAGUCUAAAUAAUAAACAGCUGACUCAGAUGCUAAAGUCAACAACUGCUCCUGUACAGGAAGAGAAGGAGGAUGCAUUAGUGUAUUAUGCCAAGCAUACUGCACAGAUUGAGAUUGUGCGUUCAGAUCGAAGCAUGGAACAGAUUGUAUUCCCUGUUCCAGACAUCUGCAAGUUCCUGACAGAAGAGACCAAGCACCGAGUGUUCACCACUACAGAGCAGGAUGAGCAGGGCAGCAAAGUUAGCGAUUUCUUUGACCAGUCAUCUUUUCUUCAUAACGAAAUGGAGUGGCAGAAGAAAUUGCGAAGUAUGCCUUUAAUGUAUUGGUUUUCACGAAGAAUGAGUCUUUGGGGAACAAUUUCCUUCAACCUGGCAGUUUUCAUUAAUUUGAUCAUAGCCUUCUUCUAUCCAUAUGUAGAGGGGACAUCUAUGGGAGUGCUGGAUUCCCCUCUAAUUUCCCUUCUUUUUUGGGCCAUGGUCUGUUUCUCAGUUAUGUCUCUCUUCACCAAGCGCUAUGGUCUACGACCCCUUAUUGUGGCAUUAAUCCUGCGUUCUGUGUACUACUUAGGAAUAGGCCCUACGCUUUACAUAUUGGGAGCACUAAAUUUGACGAAUAAAAUUGUUUUUGUAGUUAGCUUUGUGGGCAAUCGUGGCACCUUCAUUCGGGGCUACAAGGCUAUGGUGAUGGAUAUGGAAUUUCUUUACCAUGUUGGAUACAUCCUAACUAGUGUCCUGGGAGUCUUUGCUCAUGAACUGUUUUACAGCAUUCUGCUGUUUGACCUGAUAUAUCGCGAAGAGACGCUGUUUAAUGUGAUCAAGAGUGUGACACGUAAUGGUAGAUCAAUUCUUCUGACUGCCUUGCUUGCCCUGAUUCUGGUCUAUCUCUUCUCCAUUGUGGGAUUCCUCUUUUUAAAAGAUGAUUUUAUUAUGGAAGUGGAUCGGCUACCCAAAGCUCCCAACACAAUGACCCAGUCAUUGGAAUCAAAUACCUUUGCAGAGUAUUGCAGCAAAGACCAAACUGACUGUACAGUACUGGAUAAUACAGAAGAUGAAGAAGAUGGCACAGAGAGAGCGUGUGACACGUUGCUCAUGUGUAUUGUCACUGUACUUAAUCAUGGCUUAAGGAAUGGAGGAGGCGUUGGAGACAUUUUAAGAAAACCCUCUAAAGACGAAUCCCUCUUUCCAGCUCGAGUGAUCUAUGAUCUCCUGUUUUUUUUCAUUGUCAUCAUCAUUGUCCUAAACCUAAUCUUUGGUGUCAUUAUUGACACAUUUGCAGAUUUGAGGAGUGAGAAACAAGGGAAGGAGGAGGUGCUGAAAACAACCUGUUUCAUUUGUGGACUGGAGAGAGAUAAAUUUGACAAUAAGACCGUGUCCUUUGAGGAGCACAUUAAGGAGGAGCACAAUAUCUGGAAUUAUCUGUACUUCAUCGUGCUGGUGAGAGUGAAGAACAAGACGGAUUACACUGGUCCAGAAAGCUAUGUGGGUCAAAUGAUAAAGGUCAGAAUC